AAACCAAUCAUGGUCCUGAUGAGAGUGAUGCUCUCGGUGUCCCUCUGCCUGCUGCUGACGUCCAUCGGCUCGGGCUGUGGACCGGGCGGGGGGUACGGGAAGCGGAGGCACCCCAAGAAGCUGACACCGCUGGCUCUGAAACAGUUCAUCCCCAACGUGGCAGAGAAAACCCUGGGAGCCAGCGGCAAGUACGAAGGCAAGAUCACCCGCAACUCGGAGAGCUUCAAGGACCUGACUCCCAACUAUAACCCCGAUAUUAUUUUUAAGGAUGAGGAGAACACCAGCGCAGACCGGCUCAUGACACAAAGGUGUAAGGACAAACUGAACUCUUUGGCCAUUUCAGUCAUGAAUCAGUGGCCUGGGGUUAAACUUCGGGUCACAGAGGGCUGGGAUGAAGACGGCCAUCAUUCUGAGGAGUCUCUGCACUAUGAGGGCCGAGCGGUGGAUAUCACCACCUCAGACAGGGACAAGAGCAAGUAUGGCAUGCUGUCCAGGCUGGCUGUGGAGGCGGGCUUUGACUGGGUUUACUAUGAGUCCAAAGCCCACAUCCACUGCUCUGUAAAAGCAGAAAACUCUGUGGCAGCUAAGUCUGGAGGUUGCUUCCCUGGUUCGUCAAUGGUGAUCCUGGCAGACGGAAGAACUAAACCACUGAAGGAGCUCCUGGUGGGGGACAAGGUGUUGGCCGCUGACCAACAAGGAAAUCUUGUUCCCAGUGACUUUCUUAUGUUCAUGGACCAAAACCGACAGAUUACGCAAGAAUUCCAUGUCUUGGAGACCGACAAGCAACGCCGCAGACUGACACUGACUCCAGCUCACCUUGUCUUUGUUAUGAACAGUAACAACAGCAGCGACAUUAGGGCUGUGUUUGCCAGUAAUGUAAGACUCGGACAGUGGCUUCUUGUUGUUGGGAAUGACCGGCCAGACCACCUCAUCCCUGCAAGAGUGACAAGAAUUUAUGUGGAGCAGUAUGAAGGGUCUUAUGCACCUGUAACAUCUCAUGGAACCAUCAUAGUUGACUGGGUUUUGGCAUCUUGCUAUGCGGUGGUUGAGGAUCAUGACCUUGCACACUGGGUUUUUGUGCCAGUACGACUGUGGCACUCAUUCCUGUCACUAGUUGGGAUGGUGAAAGAGCUCAGCAGUGUGCACCAAGCGGAUGGUGUCCACUGGUACCCAGAGCUCCUCUACCACGUGGGAAGCUGGCUUCUGGACAGCAGGUCUUUCCACCCACAAAGCUGAGAUAUACUGUAUGCUUUUAUAGACUGUAAAUUCACACUGGAGUAAAAAAUAAUGUUUUUGGCCCAACCCUUUCCCAAGGCUAAAUAUAAAAAAAAAGUUUUUUGUGUGUGCCUGCUAAGCCCCUAGAAUCAUGCAAUCCAACAACGAUGUAUCACAUUUGACACAUCUUCUUUGAGACAGCACAUGUAUUAUUUUUUAACCCAACUUUCAGUAUGUUACAGUAUAAUACUGGUUCAUCACAACUUGGGUCUUAUUUUUGUGGUUUUGGCCAUUGUUCUUCUCAACAGUUACUUUGUACUCACAAAAAUAACUGCUGAGAUCUGGGAACACAGCAACACUUCUACAACAAAGAGAAAUAGCUUUGCCUUUGUUUACUCUUCCAAGUAAGUUUGGCUAACCUUGGGUCUGUUUACAACCUCUAUGAUUGUCUGACUCGUGUCUCUUGAUUCGUCUGACUUCCUUUGAGUGAUGUCACCAUGUUCACAGAUUUCAGCAAUUACUUUGGUUAGUUAGUUAGACUUCAUUGUCCCUGGGGGGAAAUUCUUUUUCACAGCACUGUACAUCACAGGGAAGACACACAUGAUCACACACCAGUUACAGACAGAAAUACAUGAAGUACAACACAACAGCACACAACAACGAUGGCAAAAACAACAUGAAAACAAGACUCCUAGCGAGUCACCCUGUUCAGGGCUGCUAUGGCUAAAAAAAAAACCAAGCCUCUCUGCACCUCAGGGACCUGCACCCAGAGGGCAGUACAGUGAAGUGGCCAUUGAGUGGGUGUGUAAUGUCCUGUGCAUUUGCCAUGUGUGUGAUGGUCUUACAACAGAGUACAGUGUUCUCAUUAUGGAGAGGAAAGAUGGCCAAAAC